CAAUUCUUAGCCCAGCCCAAGGAAAAGGCCGGGCCCAGCAUCUUUCGCUCGCUGCGCACUCCCGGCGACCCGAGCUAGCCGGCGCCGCCCCCUCCUCCCGAUGCGCCGCCGUCCAUACCCACAUCUCCCCUGUACACCAAUACCAUGAUCCAGCCGCGGCGGAGGCGAAUCAGCAGGGGAGCGAACUCGUGCUCCUACCCAGCUCAACCAAUCGAUUUCGUUCGGGGACUUCGACGCCGAUGGCCCGACCGGCGGCGGCUGCUGCUUUCGACGCGUUCAGGCGUCUCAAGCUCUCCUCUGACGGACGGCCGGACCAGUUCGACCUCGCGGCCGUCCUGUCCGCGUGCGCGAGGCUGGGCGCUCUGGCCUCCGGCACGCAGGUGCACUGCGACGCCGUGAAGAGGGGCUUCUCCUCUGCCGCAUUCUGCGCGGCGGCGCUGGUGAACAUGUACGCCAGGUGCGCCCGCGUGGGGGACGCCCGCAUGGUGUUCGGCGGAAUCGCUUGCCCGGACGCGGUGUGCUGGACGAGCAUCAUCUCUGGGUACCACCGAGCUGGGAGAUACCAGGAAGCGCUGUCUCUCUUCUCGAGGAUGGUCAAGAUGGGAUCUUCACCGGACCAGGUGGCCUGUGUCACCGUCGUUUCCACUCUUGCGAGCUUGCGGAGGCUGGAAGAUGCCACGACAUUGCUCAAGAGGAUGCCGGUGCCAAACUCGGUUGCUUGGAAUGCUGUCAUCUCCGGUUACGCACAGCGGAGUGGGAGCGAACAUGAGGUGUUUGGCCUGUAUAAGGAUAUGCGGAGCCAGGGAUUAUGGCCCUCUAGAUCAACUUUUGCGAGCAUGCUCAGCGCAGCAGCCAAUGUGGCGGCUUUCGUCGAAGGCCGACAGUUACAUGCGGCAGCGGUAAGGCAUGGCUUGGAUGCAAAUGUUUUUGUGGGAAGCUCUCUGAUCAACCUUUAUGCGAAAUGCGGCUGCAUCGGUGAGGCGAUGUGCGUGUUUGACUUCUCCUGUGAAAAGAACAUUGUCAUGUGGAAUACGAUGCUUAAUGGGCUUGUUCGAAAUGAUCUUCAAGAGGAGGCCAUCCAAAUGUUUCGGUGUAUGUUUAGGCUUGGCAUUGAGGCGGAUGAGUUUACAUUCGUCAGCGUACUUGGUGCGUGCGCCUACAUGGGUUCCCAUUGCUUAGGAAGACAGGUGCACUCUGUGACAAUCAAGAAUUGCAUGGACGCAAGGUUAUUUGUUGCUAAUGCAACAUUAGAUAUGCACUCGAAAUUUGGAGCUAUAGAUGAUGCCAAAACAAUAUUCAAUCUGAUUGCUUACAAGGACAGCGUAUCAUGGAAUGCCAUUAUUGUUGGACUUGCGCAUAAUGAAGAGGAGGAAGAAGCAAUCCGUAUGCUCAAACAGAUGAAUCUUGAUGGUGUAACACCAGAUGAGGUUUCUCUUUCUACUGUAAUUAAGGCAUGUUCCAGUAUUGGAGCUAUUGAGACUGGGAAGCAAAUCCAUUGUCUUGCCGUGAAGUAUAAUAUCUGCUCAAACGACGUGUUUGGUACCUCUCUGAUUGAUUUGUAUUCAAAACAUGGAGACAUGGAUUCUUCUAGGAAUGUUUUGGCACAGGUAGGUGCAAGCAGCAUAGUCCCAAUCAAUGCUCUAAUCGCAGGUCUUCUGCAGAACAGUAGAGAAGAUGAAGCUAUACAGUUGUUUCAGCAGGUUCUUAGAGAUGGUUUGAAGCCCUCCAGCUUUACAUAUUCAAGCAUUCUUUCUGGCUGUACUGGACUUCUCAGUUCAAUUGUUGGGAAACAACUGCACUGUUACACAUUGAAAUCUGGUUUUUUGAAUGAUGAUACUUCUCUUGGUGUUUCGCUGGUUGGGAUAUAUUUGAAGUUCAAAAUGCCUGACGAUGCCAACAAACUCUUGAUAGAGAUGCCAGAUCUCAAAAACCUGCUCGAGUGGACAACUAUCAUUUCAGCUUAUGCUCAAAAUGGUUACAGUUAUCAAUCGUUGCUGUCAUUUUGGAGAAUGCGCAGUUAUGAUGUUUAUUCAGAUGAGGCCACAUUUGCAAGUAUUCUAAAAGCUUGUUCUGAGAUGGCAGCUCUUAGUGAUGGGAAAGAGAUACAUGGCCUCAUCAUUAAAUCUGGAUUUAGUUCUUAUGAAACUGCAACUAGUGCUCUCAUAGACAUGUACUCCAAGUGUGGGGAUAUCAUUUCAUCCUUUGAAGUCUUCAAACAAUUGAAAAACAAGCAACGUGUCACGUUGUGGAACUCCAUGAUUGUUGGGUUUGCAAAAAAUGGUUAUGCUGAGGAGGCACUUCUGCUUUUUCAAAAGAUGCAGGGGUCACAAAUAAAGCCUGACGAAAUUACAUUCCUGGGUGUCCUAAUUGCUUGUGCUCAUGCUGGCUUAAUUUCUCAGGGCCGGCAUUACUUUGAUUCUAUGAGCAAAGUCUAUGGAUUAAUGCCUAGAAUAGAUCAUUAUGCGUGUUUCAUUGAUCUCCUCGGACGAGGUGGUCUUCUUCACGAGGUUCAAGAAGUUAUAAACCAGUUGCCAUUCAGACCUGAUGGCGUGAUCUGGGCAACAUACCUUGCAGCAUGCCGAAUGCACAAAGAUGAAGAACGGGGGAAAAUUGCAGCAAACAAACUUGUUGAGUUGGAGCCACAAAACUCAUCUACAUAUGUGUUGAUAUCAAACUUGCAUGCUGCAGCUGGUAACUGGAGUGAAGCUAAGAUAGCCAGAGAAGCAAUGCGAGAAAAGGGAGUGGCAAAAUUUCCGGGAUGUAGUUGGAUAACAGUAGGAAACAAAACAAGCUUAUUUCUUGUACAUGACAAGAAACACCCCGACUCUCUAAGCAUCUAUGAAAAGCUUGAUGAUCUUACUGGAUUGAUGAAGAAAGAUGCUGAUGUUGAGGAUUAUGAUAUGCUUAUUUCAGCUGGAAUGUUUGCUUGAGGAGUGAAGACCUUUUUGAACUAAAAUGCUCUGCUUAUGAACUGAGGACCUGUCGACCUGAUGUCAUAUUCUGGCUCAUCCAGGACUUUAGCGGUUCUCGGUUGUCGGUUACCAUGGAACGGCCAAAGAAAGAGAACCAAGGAAUUCUCCACCGCAUUUUUCCAGUGUGUUAUCCCACCGCUUUGACUAGGUCCUUCUCUUUCUUCCUCCGCGGCUAGGUUUUCUUCGAGGAAUGGAUUCGUUUCCAGAUAUGGGGACCCAAAAUUUGGGCGAGUUCGUCGUCCCAGGAGGUCCUUUAUUGGAGAUCCAUGGGCCCCCUUGAUUUUCACAGGUUCUUGAAAGCUAGAUGCCUCUUUGACCCGUCUUUGCAUUAUAAUUCUGCCUAAAUUUCGUCAAUUUUGCUUCAAUGCGUGCGUGGUUGACCUCAAGUGCCUCUGUUCUUGAUCCGCUCCAUGGUUAUCCAUCAUGGAUGCAUAUGAAUCCUGAGCCCGACGCGAAGUGGGAGACGUGCCUACCCUCUGCCUCUGGCGAAGUUGAUGUUGCCCCGUCCCGCUUCCGGGCUUCGACAUCAAGCUCACCUGGUUGUGCUCACCCACAACCCCCAUGGAAGAAUAUCUCCGCGCCCAAUGUUUUCUUUGUCGGUCGCGCUGUCGCGGCUUCCUCAUGUAGAGGUAGAGGGGGUGGCUGACAUUGGCUGCGCCGGCAGCAAAUUGGAGAAAAAGGUUUCAUCUUCGUCCAGUGGGCUCCCGCUCUCGGGCAUGUUGAGGUAGGUCCCUGGAUACAGCGGGAGGUUCAGGACUUCCGUCUCGUGGGACAACACUGGACGGCCAGCGCGCUGUAAGUGUGGAGAACACCUUUGAGAGGUGACCGCCAAGGUCAGCAGGGCUGUUGAACAAUCUCGAGAAGCAGAGAGAAUCACGCGUCAAGUUUUCUUCAGUGGAGUAGAUGCAAGUUUGCUAUCUGUCGGAAGACACCAGUGUGAGCCUUGAUAUAAAUCGUUGGUCUGCAAGGUCUUCUGUUGCACGCUGAGAUCGGUAGUCGGGAUACAACGGCAGGUUGUCGUCGACUAAGGCUGGAAGGUCUGCUGUUGCGCGUCGAGAUCGGCAGUCGGGCUACAGCGUUAGGUAGUCGUUGACUACGGCCUGGAGGAUGAUGUGCUGCCUCCUCUAGAAUACCGCUUCAGAAGGAUGGUAGAGAACGAUGAGGAGAUAUGGAGGAUCAAACUUACACCUAAAGCCAGGAGGUCCAUAUAGAGAUAUGUUGUUAACGGUGGAGGUGGAUCAUGGCUGAUAACCCAUGCCUCAUGGUCUCCAAGUGGCAAUGGCUGCUGCGUAGAUGAACGGACAUCUGAAGAAGUGAAGAUUGACAGGGCCAUAAAAAAAUAAUUUAUACUUUCUGAUGUACAAGUAGCAUCAUGAAGCAGCACACAAACCCCGGCAGACCCAGAAAAAUUCUGCAGUACUCUCUCUCCAAGAAAUGCCAAAUGCACCAGAAGAUACCAAAGCUUGAGGAGCCGCGCCGGCCAGAGAUAUCAUGGAGACUACAGCCUUGGAUGUAGAAGAUGUCAGCUCCACAAUUGGAAAAAAAGAAGAGGAAGGCCAAGGCAUCAGCCGGCCAGAGAUAUCAUGGAGACAACAGGCUCAGAUGUAGAAGACUCCACGAUUGAAAAUAAGAAUAGAAAGGCCAAGGCAUCAGCUGCUACACCAACCAAGAAGCAGAUCGACGAAGAACUCUUCCCACACAAAUAAAGAUGUUAGCACUCCGAGCAUACCGGAGAUCUGUCCACAAGAACAUAUCAAUUCAGCUUGAGAACCCAAAGCAAAAAAGUACUACUGCGAACUUACUUACCGUCCUAGCCAGCAAGUCCUCUUGACGUACUGCAAGUUAAAUAGUUGUUAAUUAACUAUGUAUAAUUCUCUCAGAUGCACUCUUCUCCUCCGGCUUCCAGCUAGCAUGAGCCUUCGGCAUGUCCCAACACGGAGCAUCUGCUGCUUAUUACAGCUACACCAUCCUCUGCUCAUGAGUCACCCUGCUUAUCAGAGUGCUGCCUACCGAGCGGCGCCACACGACGUCCUCUCUCUGGAAUUUGUUGACGGCGUUGAGGAGGAGCUCGGGGCUCUUCUUUCCUUCCCUCUAGCGGCACGGUGGAGGACGACUUAGCCAUCCCCGUGGUCAGUCACAUCUCUCGAGUGGUUGCCGGUGGAGCGGUGGGAUUGGAUUUGGGGUGGAGCUCCAGCCUCCUCUCUAACCGAAUCGGGGCCGAAGGCCCGCGACCUCCUCUCCCCCUCGCUGACAUGGGGCCCAGUCACAGUUCCUCUCUAUCCAAGACCUCUUUUUCGAGUGCGCUUGGCUGAGGACAGCAAGGGGAGGAGGGAGAUGUGGCGCCCAGCGUUGGGAUCCCUCUCCAGCGGCCGAUUCUCCUUCCUCGAACAGUUUUUGGCCACACCAUUCCCCUAUUAAAUGCAUUCAUUCUGGACCCUUAUUCUCCGCCGCAGCCUAGAACACAAUGGCUCUGAUUAGCGUGGGAAGCACCCUCCCGACGGCCAGCUCGUGUGGUUCCGCAAAACAGACCCCACCCGCAGGUCGAUUUCUUCUUCCCCAAUACUUUUGUACAUGGUUUGGAUUCCCCAUUGUUCAUUAGAUCGAAGGUAUAGUUGGUUCUGAAUGAUUGGCACAAAACAUCCAAUUAUGUUAGGUGCUCUGGUUGUGAUUUUCAUGCCUAACAGGUGUUUGUUGUUGUGCCUGUAAGAACCUAAUCAGUGUAUUGUCAGAUUUCUCAUUUGGUCUAUGAAGACAAAAGUAAAAUUUUCAGCCAGUUAACUCAUGCACAUAAGAUGCAGUGUAGCUGGGCCGUUUGCUGAUUAACUCA